AUGUUCCUCACAGUCAAGCUCCUCCUGGGCCGGAGAUGCAGCGUGAAGGUGUCGGGGCAGGAGAGCGUGGCCACGCUGAAGAAGCUGGUGUCGGAGAGGCUGCAGGUGCCGGAGGAGCAGCAGCACCUGCUCUUCCGUGGCCAGCUGCUGGCCGAUGACAAGCGUCUCUCCGACUACUGCAUCGGGCCCAAUGCCUCCAUCAACGUCAUCAUGCGGCCCCCGGAGAAGACCGCGCCUGCGGAGGCCCUGCAGCCCCAGCCGCUGUGGCACCAGCUGCGCCAGGUCCUGGCCAAACACUUCAGGCCCCAGGACGCCAAGGCAGUGCUGCAGCUGCUGAGGCAGGAGCACGAGGAGCGGCUGCGGAGGAUAAGCCUGGGGCACCUGGAGCGCUUGGCACGGGACCUCCUGACUGAGGAGCCGCUGGCGGAGCCUGCAGGGGAGGAGGAGUCUGAGGCUGCAGCCUCUGCGCCGCCCAGAGACGAGGAGGAUGAGGAGGAAGAUGAGGAGGGGGAGGGGGAAAGGGAGGCUGAUCAGUAA